CCUGUCUCUGCGGUGACGCAAAAAAGUACACAACUUCGUGACAUCAUAUUGAAACCGUUAGGAUUCCUAUCACAUCUGGAACAAUGCAUUAAAAAUAAAAAUUAAAAAAACCUAUGUAAGUUCAUUAAAAAUCACGAAUAGCAGUGAAAAUAAACAGUCCGAUUCCACCCCCAUCAGAAGCAGAGCUGCCAUUAGAAAUGAAUGCGUCACACGUCACAUCGAUGUCGCCCAACACAUUCCGGCGUUUACUGGUUGCCCACGGACGCUCCAGCACACUUGGAAUGUUCGACGUGUCGAACCCCAUCGAUACAGAGGAGAUCAUCAAAAAGCUCAAAGACAUAAAGAAGCAGAAAACUGCCACUGCAGAAGAUAGCUCCAAGGGUGAUGCGCUCAAUGAACACGAAGGUGAAAACAUGGUGGCCAAAUACUACGUCAACAACUCCAUGCCGCCUAAAGACAGUAUCAUCAACCCUCCACUUUCUAAACUUCACGGCCACGGACCUCAAGAAAUCAGCAGCAGUUAUUCCUUCUACAAGAGGGCAUUUAAGGUGAACGGCACCGAGGCAUGGGAGUUUGCUAUGAGAGACCUUGGUAGCAUAGACACGUUGCUCAAUCGCUAUGGCUAUGUGGCACCAAAGAUGCGAGGCAAGCUGAGUGGUGAGAAAAAAGGGAAAAACUAGGUUCACAUUCAAGCAUUUGGUUGUCCAGAUUGGUUAGGAUAAAUUAAACAGCUCAAGCUAAUGGUUUCACG